AUGCCUUUCUUCACCCGCGUCUUUCGAAGUAAAGACGCCAAUGUGUCAAAGAAGACCACCAAAUCCCCAGAAGUAGAAGAGAAAGGGCCCGCAAAGCCCACAUGGACCGACGCGUGGCAGCGAACAGAGGUUGCCCCGGAGGAGGUACAGCAACUCCUGAGAGGGUGCACCCAAGAACUGAAAGCACGAGCUCUCCAAACUCCUUUCUUGCUUCUACCGUUCCGCCCAAGCACCGAUGCCAGCGCUGCACGCACCUUCAUUCGUAACUACUUCAAUCAGUCGCUGGAAAGAGGGUCGCCUCUCAGUGGGGAUGCCUUGGCACAAGAAUUACGGCUGUCGGACCCCAUGGUCCUGUGCAGUGUGCUGAAAUGGUGCUGGAGCAGACUCCCUGGCGGAGUUGUUACCUGGGAAGCUUAUGAGCUGUUCAAAGUUGGCGAGCAGGAUUCCCAAUUUGCCCGCGACGCAUUCUCAACCUUCAUUCCUAUCAGUGUCGACUCGGAUGCCCGGUCGAAGAUCAUCUUUGAUUUCUUCGACCUUCUAGCUGCUGUCGCAGCACAUGGCAAAUCGAACGGCCUCGGCGGGCGGAAGCUUUCUCGGUAUGCCGGCUGGUGGGCGUUUGACCAUACGGAUGCGGGCAACGGCUUCGAGGCCGCCUACAAGAACUGGGCAAGUGCUGCUGAUGCGACCAGCCAUUUGUUCUUCGCCUACCUGCGAUCCCUAUCGCCCGACUUGCGCGGGAUGAACACGAUCUCAACCCUCCCUAUUGCCCUCCAGAGUCUAGUCCAGGCAACGGAAUACCCGCCAGAGACGCCCACCCUUCUUCAGGUGUCCACCACCAAGGUCGUGAUGAUUGUCGACACCGUCUCACCGACUCCAUUCGCUUUGUUGCGGCGCGCAAAGAACUUCGAGUAUAGAGACAGUGAUCGUCAUCUGCAGGAGUUCGCCAGCUUUGAGGAGCCCACCAAAGCGCUGACUGACGAGUGUCUCCGUGUGCUGAAAUGCAUCUCCUCUAUCAACCAACAAGUUGCACCAGAGCCAGGCACAGCGACGCGGGAAGCCUCAUGGUCCAGAUUCGAGGACUUUGGAUUUGGCGGUCCUAUCGAGUCCGAUCUGGAUGACGAUUCUAACGCCGCCCGUCUCGCAAGGAACGAGUUUGGGGGUGGCUUGCGAUCCGCUCCGCAGUCCGGCGCAGGUGACCUUGGUCGUCCCACGACGCCAUCAUGGGCAGACUUUAUGUCCUCCGGCUUUAGUGACGAGAACGUCCUACAGGGCUCGGUUCCUCCCUUGCUUCUUCCACCAGACAAGGUCCUUCCCCCUAUUGCCAGCGUCCGGGGUCAAAGCUCGCAGUCCCACAAGCGCAGUUUGAACGACGAGCCGUCCAUGGGACACGGUGAGCUCGCAAGCAUCACUACCCUUGACCUCGAUGACUCUUUCUGGUGGGUUUGGAUCAGUAGUUUGGCCGGCGAGGAGCCAACGUCUCGGAAGGCCGUGUUUGGCCGGUGUGCGUUGCUCGAGACCAUCAUCAAAGAUACAAAGUGGCUAGUACUGGAAGAGCAGGUGAAGGGCGCGGCGCCAGAGCCGGAUCCGGGUGCCUAUAUUGUGGAAAAGAAGCGCUUCUUUGGCUUCUCGACUCGUAAACGGGGUGUCGGGCGUCGCAAGUCCUCCGCUAAGAAAGUAAGCGCGGUGGAAGACUCAUACAAGCGACCGGACAAUCAAGCACCACAGAGCAAGACCAGCAUCGCCCCUGAUCAGCAUGCCCGCAUCCAGGCGGCUGCCGCGGCACUUCAGAAGCGGCAUCGGGAGGAACAGGAGGCCGCCAAUGGAUCCAAGAACGUCCCGGAAGAUGUCAGAUCCAACCCCAAGACGAACUCUGUCAUGACGUUGCAACCGGCGAUCCUGAAUGAAGCGUCCCAGGCUAUGAAAUGGGCAACCAAUUAUGAUAAGAACACUUACAGGAGCGCUUAUCUGAGUAACAGCCGUGCAGGAACAGGUGCUCCAGCCGAACAGGCGAAAGAGCCGAUCGACCUGCCCAGCACUCCAACUUCUCCAACGGCGAGCACCAGUGCCCGACAGGCACCGCCACCUUUGCCGAAAGACACCCCCACAGGUUCCCCCAAGCCCGCAGUGCCCAGCAAGAACAGCCCUGCUCAUAGUAGGAAUGGCAGCGCGAGCCUUGCGGCGGACUUGUCAGUCACCGAAUCGCUCCCCAAACAGUCUAUGGACUCGGAGGAGUCUGGACGGAAGAUCAAGAAAAAGCCCGCCAACGCUGGGUUCAAGAGCAUGUUCGGAACUGUCAAGAAGAAGAACGAGCCCGAGGCGAAGCCACCCAUGAAACCCACUGGUGCUGGCUCAGCUGUUGCGGCUGCUCGCGCUGCCCUCGAGGACAAGGCAAGAGCCGCCCAGGAGCAAUCCAUCCGCCCUGGAACAAAUGGCAAAUCGACACUCAAGAAGAAGCCUGUGCCUGUGCAUGUGCCCGUGGAGGCUGCCAAGCCUGUUGAGCCUACCAAGCCUAUUGAGACUAUUAGACCCGCCGAGGUUAAGCCUGCUGUGACUAUUAAGCCCGCUGAAACUGCGGCGGAGGAAAAGGAACCUGUGCCCACUGAGCCCAAAGCUCCUUCGGAAGCGACCAAGCUCACUGUUACGCAGAGUGAUGAGCCCCAAAUCCGCCGUCAAGCCGAGUACGACGCUCUUUCACGCAUAGAUACCAGAGAACGAGCAGCAGCUGACCAGGAAUUCUCAAGAUUUGACCAAGGACCUCUGGUGGAGCAGCCGGCUUUUGUCCCAGAGGACUCUCCUGUUUCCGAACGGUUCCCCGAGAAACCCGCGUCAUUCCAUUCUGCAAACGAUCAGGUUCCCGUUGAGCCAGAGGAGGAGCCCAGCCCUCCCGUCCAGCCCGCUAGCACGUCCUAUGACCGCUGGGCCCAGAUCCGCCAGAAUGCGGCGGCGAGGGCGGCUCAGCUGGAGGCUCGUGGUGACCAGUCGGAUGAUGGCAACACCAGUGAAGAAGAGAGCUUCGAAUCCCGUGCUGCUCGUAUCAAGGCCAGAGUGGCGGAACUUACUGGCAACAUGCAGGCUGCAAGCCAGUCUUAA